AUGAUCAUAGUGGCUUAUGUUGAGAAAAAAACAACGAUUGCUGAGCGACUUCUAUCUGCUUGGUGCGUCGUAUUUUUCUGCCGAAUAUGGUUAACAUGGAUUAAAUUGAAAACAUUCAAUUCAACACAAUCCACAGAGAAAAACAAAAGCAGAUAUUUUAUUACUAGACCAGCACAUUUGUCCGUGGAAAUAAAUGCACAUAAUUUAUUAUAUUUAAUUUUACUUGUUCAACAAAAACAAUUACCACCGCAGGCAUUACAUAUUCAUACUUUUAGCUCGCAAGCCUGUGAAUCGAUUUUCCGAAACACGCGAGCAUUAAGUGAAAUCUAUUCCACUGUAGUCAAUUUCACUGUGUACGAUUUUUUACGACGUGCCCAAAGAUUAUCACUGCUGAAUGAUAUUAAGUUCAAACAGUUAAAUGAUGAAUCAGUUAAUAAUUUAGUCUUUCCAGUUCAUUACAAGCAUCGACAUGGUCGUCAAUCAUUAUUUACACAAAGUCAAACAGAGAUUGAUCAAAUAAAUGUCGAACAAAUUAUCACCGAGGCUUAUCAUGAAGCUAUUGAUAUGCUUAGUGGCUUAGAAAUAUUGAAUUUAUUGAAAGAUAAGCGUGUUCUUGGUUUAAAAUUAUUAAGUGAGUAUGUGUUUAAACACUUAAAUUCAAAUUCAAAGAUGUAUGACUACUCACCUCAACUGAUCAAUAUGGAUGAUGAAGAAUUUGGAAUAGCUGAUGAUGAUGAUAAUGACGAAACAACAACUGAUCUCAACAUGGAUGAUGACAAUAAUGAUGAUUAUAGUGAUGAGGACGAACAAGAUGAUGCUCGAAAUUUAAUAGAUACAAGAAAAGAAGACUUUGUCGGGAUGAAAGCCCUUAAUACGGUCCAGUCUCACAUAGAACAUUCUUAUUUUAAAGUUAAAAUCAAUGAUGAUACAAAAUAUAUGCAUAAACAAACUGCUUGUUGGUUAUUAACCGGCGAAAAAAGUAAAAUUUCAAAUGACCGAUUGCUUCGAGUACAGCAGACUAAUAAAAAAAAUUGAUUCUUUUUUGUUUAUGAAACACUUUCUUGUAUUUUUCCAAUAAAAUAAGCAAUAUUUUGUUGACAUUGAAGUUUUAGAAUAAAUGAAUGUGCUGAAUAAGAAUAAGAGAAAGAUGGUAUAUUUGUCUCUAAAUCAAGACUAUUUAAUAUUUCAUCUGAUAGUACACAUGAUGGAAAUAAAUAAAAAAAUAGCGGACUCAAAUUUUUAUAAUGGAUUUCUGAACGUAGACAAGAAUUUUACGAGAUUCUUUGUGACUCCACUUGACUCCAAGGACUGGAGUCAGUUGUUUCCCCCUUGACCCACACCCACACCCUUAGU